AUGUCCUCCCGCUACUCUACUUCGCUCUCGCCGGACGAUCAGCUCGCAAAUGUCAAGCAGCACUCCCGCCAGGCCUUCGAAGACGGUUGGACCGCUCUCAAGGGGACGGGCUCGCUUUUGCAGACGAAGAGCGGGAGGGAGACGGUCGGAGAGGACCUGUCGAAGACGUCGAAGCACUUGACGGCGCAAAUGAGGCAUGCGUACAACGGCUUCGUGCGCAAGUGGGAAGAGAAGCACUCGACUGGCUCGCCUGGCGUCCCAACUCAACGUCCUCCCGUCUUCAAAAGCGAGCAACAGGCCAUCGCGGCGCAGUCACUCGGUCGCAGCCGCGGCGCGUACGGGUCGAACGCGGCUGGUCGCGAGUACGCGAGCAGGACCAGGUACUAG